CCUCUCUCUAUCCCAAAAAUAAAAAAGUAAUUUUUAAUUAAAAAACCCGAGAUUAAUUGACCGAAACGAAAAGCAGGUGCUGACGCCAAUUGCAAGAAUCCGAUCACGGAAGUAAUCCCAUCCCUCCAAAAUUGCUCCUUGUCUGAUUCUCUAAAUAAUCUGUUUCUUGUCUUACAAAAAGAAGAAAAAAGAACUAAAAAAGUGACUCUUUUUUUUAUCGGUUUUUUACUUUUCAAAUGGCGGAGGAUUUUGCUCAGGCGGUGGAGGACGGGCUAAAGCUAGCGAAACGGAUAUACUUAGGGAAAGACAGGGGAGCGGUGGGGCCGCCAAAGCCACCACCGCCUAUGGAGAGGUCACCGUAUAGGUACUUGCCAUCGGCGCCGAUGGUUUAUGCGGUUAUAUCCGACCCGAGGAUUGUCGACAACCCGGAUAUUCCGAGUUACCAGCCUCACGUGCAUGGCAGGUGCGAUCCACCCGCUUUGAUUCCUCUCCAGAUGAACGGGGUGGACCUCGACGUCGAUUGUUACGCCGAUACCGCUUUUAUUCAAGUUUCCGGAUCGUGGAGAGUCCAUUGCGUUAUGGGUAGCCGUUCCUGUGAUUGUCGCAUUGCUGUUCCUACGGGCCCGCAGGGUUCAAUUCUAGGUGUUGAGGUUGACCUUCCUACAAAAUCAUAUUCUACUGAACUGAUUGGAGUGGAAGACAGUAAGGGUAUUGAAAAAAUAGCGCUUCCAGAAGAUGGAUGGUUUUUGAAGCCUCACAUAUUUACUUUAACAAUACCACAGAUCGAUGGGGGUACUAAUAUUUCAAUUAAGCUUCGUUGGUCUCAGAAAUUGUCAUAUAAUGAUGGCCAGUUCUCCUUGACUGUGCCCUUUACUUUUCCUGAAUAUGUUACUCCUGCUAUAAAGAAAAUCUCAAAAAAAGAAAAGAUACAGUUGAAUGUGAACUCUGUUAUUGCAACUGGAAUUUUGAGCAAGGCAACUAGUCAUCCUUUGAAGGAAAUAAGACGCAGUGCAGGGAAGUUCGGUUUCUUAUAUGAAGUAGAAGUUCUGACAUGGUCCAAUACUGACUUCAGUUUCUCAUAUAGUGUUUCUGCCAGUAACAUAUUUGGAGGGGUCCUUUUGCAGUCACCAUCUUUAUAUGAUUAUGAUCAAAGGGAUAUGUUCUGUGUAUAUCUUUUUCCUGGGAGUCAGCAGAGUAGGAAGGUGUUCAAAAAGGAGAUCAUAUUUGUUGUUGAUAUAAGUGACAGCAUGGAAGGGAGGCCACUUGAGAGUACCAAGAAUGCAAUAUCUGCAGCACUUUCUAAGCUUAAUCCUGAAGAUUCGUUUAACAUUAUAGCUUUUAGUAGUGAGACUUUUCUAUUUUCAACAUCCAUGGAGUUGGCUUCCGAGGAAGCAAUUGAAAGGGCCAGUGAAUGGAUUAGCACGAAACAUAGUGAGGGAGGCGGUACAAAUAUUUUUAUUCCACUAGAAAAGGCAACUGAGAUGCUGUCAAACACACAUGGUUCAAUUCCUAUGAUUUUUCUUGUUACUGAUGGGGCUGUUGAAGAUGAGAGGAACAUUUGUGACUGGAUAAAAAAGCGUCUAACAAAUGGAGGAUCAUUAUGUCCACGUAUACAUACUUUUGGCAUAGGUUCUUUCUGUAAUCAUUAUUUCCUGCGCAUGCUUGCUAUGAUUGGACGGGGGCAAUAUGAUGCUGCUUUUGAUUUAGAUUCAAUUGAGGUUCAGAUGCAAAAAUUAUUUAGCAGAGGUUUAUCUACCAUUCUUGCAAAUAUAACCUUUGAUGCAUUUGAUGAUCACGAACAAAUAGAGGUGUACUCUUCAUUUAUUCCUGACCUUUCAUCUGAAAGCCCGUUGACAAUAUGCGGGAGGUACCAAGGUAGUUUUCCUGACACUCUUAAAGCUAAAGGUGUCUUAGGAGAUCUGAGUAGCAAUGUUACAGACUUGAAGAUAGAAAGGGCCAAGGAUAUACUUCUUGACAGAGUGUUAGCAAGGCAGCAGAUUGAUUUACUCACAGCUCAGGCAUGGCUUUCAGAAAAUAAACAGCUUGAGGAAAAGGUUGCAAAAUUGAGCAUACAGACUUGCAAUAUCUCUGAGUAUACCCGUAUGGUCCUGCUUGAGAAAAAUAAAAUAUACCAAGCCUCAGAAUCUUCUGGUUCUCUGAAGGUUCCGUAUAAAGGUGAUCCACACGAAAUUGGGGACUCCGGAGCGCCCAAAAAGAUGUUGCUUCAAAGCCUCACAGUUGGCUUUGGUGACCUGAUUGCAACUGCCGAAAACAUCCGUCCAGGAUCUCAAGAACCAAAAUUGCCUGAAGUUGCCGAAAUUCUUGUGAAGGCAACUUCAAAUUGCUGUGGUCAGAUAUGUAAUCAAUGCUGUUGCAUGCUCUGCAUCCAGUGUUGUUCAAAGAUGAAUAAUCAAUGUGCCACUGUAUUAGCACAGCUAUGCACUGCUCUGGCAUGCUUUGGCUGCCUUGAUUGUUGCUUACAAUUAUGCUGUCCUGGACAAGAUGGUCGAUAAACGCAUUCCAGAAUUUGAUCCGGUUGGUGUAUAUUAUUGUUUUUAGUGUAUAAAAUUGAUAUAUUAUUUACAUUCGUUCUCA